CAUUCAUCCGCCUCCGUUUUCAUGAGCAGGGCGUCGUGGGCGGUCACCGUGACUGGCGCGGUGCGUGGGGCUGUCCCUUGGCAGGCCCUGGCUUGAAAAGCGCCGUCGCCAGGCUUUCCUCAGCGACCGCCCUGCCUCAUCGCAAAAUGCUCCAAAUAUCCGCCAUCCUCGUUUCGGUCCUUGCAGCCUUUGCCUCGCUGCUCGCCUACAACACCUACACUAUCCGAUCCCAUGUGCUGACCCGACAUGGUGGCUUUGCCCAGUCGCUUGCUGCGGACCACUCGUACGACGAGCUCAAGAACAUCGACUGGCGUCCGCACCAGCAGCGCAUGAUCAGGGCCAUCCAGCACCCAACAAUCUCGUCGCUCAACUACCCCGGUGGAAACGUCGUCAUCCACGACGACUUUGUGAAAUGGCAUGCCUUCUUGGAGGCGUCGUUCCCGCUUGUCUAUUCCAAGCUGAACAAACACAUCAUCUCCAACUAUUCGCUCGUGUUCGAGUGGAGAGGCACCGCGGCCGAGACCACCACGCCGAUCCUUCUGACGUCUCAUCAGGACGUCGUCCCUGUCGAGGACAAAACGCUCCAUGAGUGGAAAUUCCCUCCGUUUGCGGGCAUGGUCGAUGACGAGGGCUGGCUCUACGGUCGCGGCACCCUGGACGUCAAGAACGGGGUCAUGAGCCAACUCGAAGCAGUUGAGUAUCUCCUCUCGGUCGGAUAUCAGACAAAGCGGUCGAUCUGGCUCGCGUACGGACACGACGAAGAGAUCGGCGGCAUGCACGGCGCCCGCUACAUUGCCGAGUUCUUCAAGUCUCGCGGCACCCGCUUUGAUUUCAUCGUGGACGAGGGCCUGCCCAUCGUUGGCGAUAUGGACAUUGUCGCAAAUUCCGUAGCUUCGAUCGGCAUCGCCGAGCGUGGGUAUUGCGAUAUCGAGCUUCAAAUACAGGGCAUCGGCGGCCACGCUUCGACUCCUUCGCAAAACAAUUCAAUCAUCCAUCUCAGCAAGCUCCUGGUGGCCCUGGAAGCCGAGCCCUUGCCUGCCAAGCUCGCCAGCGGCAUUAUGGGCAUGACCCUCGAGUCCCUGAUUCCGUUCAUGACCAACCCGCUGCAUCAGGUCAUGUUUGCCAACCAGGAGCUUUUCGAGCCUCUCUUGCUGUCCGUCCUCGACAAACCUGCUGUCAAAGCCAUGCUUGGCACGACCAUGACUCCGACCAUCCUGACGGCCGGUACAGCCCACAACGUCAUUGCCCAAGUCGCUUCCGCAAACAUCAACGUACGAACGGUUCCGGGCGAGAGCUGCGAGAGUACUCAGGCGUACAUCGAGGCCGUCGCCAGGAAGCACAAGAUUCAUGGGCUGCGGAUCGCCAUUCAUCGCGACAACUUGCCAUCCCCCGUAUCCUCGAUCGAGAACCCGCCGUUCCGGGCCCUGGAAUGGGUCUACCACACAUGCUUCCAACACCUUCGGCCCUCGAUUGCGGUUGCGCCUGGCCUGAUGCUCGCGGGCACCGACAGCAAGCAUUACGAAGUCCUCACCGACUCGAUUUAUCGCUUCAUGCCUGUUCGUAUGAAUUCGACCGACUUGGUCCGCAUCCACGGUGUCAAUGAGCGCAUCCACCUUGCCGAUUACGCCGAGAUGAUCCGCUACUUUGCCAUCCUCAUCCAACGAGUCAACGACCCCGAAUACGACGCCUAGGCAAGAUAGGGCGGAGACAGCUUCGGGCCGCUUGAUUCACUAUCGUUGUGCGUUUGUGGACGGCCUGGUCCUGAAAUACACCGUUUCAUGAAGCGACAUGGGUCUGGAGGUCGAUGCAAUGCAAUGCGAUGUAGUGCGAUGCAGUGCGAUGU